AUGGACCCCUGGACGGUACGAAUUGGUCACCUGAACGACCUGUUGGCGGAAGCCCCAAAGGAGGAGAAAAAUGAAAAGAGUACACUUGAAGAGUUGAAUAUACCUCAGGAGGUAAUUGUAUGUUUGAGGCAGAUGAAAAUUUGCCACCCCUCGACGAUCCAGCGUCUGUCUAUGAAGAAGGCCCUACAAAAGAGGAACCUAAUUGUACAGGCAAAAAACGGAACGGGCAAAAGCUUGUCCAUAUGUAUAAUUGUGGCAAGUAGGUUGGUGCAAAGGGUGAAGCGGCGGCAGCUGCAUCAGGCAGAUGGCAAGGACGCACAGGAGGGAGAAAAAAGGGGCCAGUUGGAAACCAAGCGAAAUGGGGCAGACCCACCAGUGUCCCUCUUCCUGCACUCCAUAAUCCUCGUGCCGACUCGAGAGCUCUGCGUGCAGCUCUGUGAUAACAUAAAGGAAAUUUCGAACCAGGGUAUAUUUAUUAAAGGAGAACAUGAAGACCUUCCACCAUCAUGCGAUCCUGUUUGCAGUUCCUCCCCCCCAGACUCCACAUUAAGUGAUCAUCUUGAAGGGGAAGGCGGUAACAAACAAAUUGGGAUACGCCCAAUCCCCUUCGAAGUGAAACCCAUGGUACUCUACGGAGGGACAGACGUAAAAGAAAAUUUGCGAAUGAUAUUUUCUUAUCUUCCGCACGUGAUCAUAUCGACCCCCGGAAGGCUGAAGCACGUGUUGAGUAUUUUGAAGCGCCUGCAUGUGCAGGUGGGACAAACAGAAAGGGCGGAAUACCCUAUCCAAGUGCCACUCAUUAAAAUAACAAACGUCCUGAUUAAACAAUUCAUAUUAGACGAAGUUGAUGCUCUCCUCGAGGAACAAUUUGAGGAACAAAUAAAGUGUAUCCUGAGUCAGGUGAUAAGACCCAAAGUACAAGUGCUCUGUUAUAGCUCCACAUUUCUUGAAUCAGCAAUUUCCAAUUUUUUAAAAAUGGUGAAUCUACAUGACCUGGGAUAUGUGUCCAGGUGGAAAGGUUUUUGUGUGAAAAGGAUUGAUCAGAUGGUGAGUGGCGACCGGGGUCCAAAUUUUCGUUCAGGCGGUUUGCAUGAAUCGUGUGUGGGGGAUAAUAGUAUUAUGCCCGUUUGUGAGGCGCAACCAGAAAUGAACGUAAGGCAUACCGUGGGUCAGGACACAUCACUGCAAAACGACGUAGUGACCACCCACCAGAGUAACGAAUCGGAUGAGAAUGAAGUGGCGGAAGAAGACGCUCCACUUGAUGAAUGUCACAACAAGGAUGAAGUGAACUCUCCACUUCAUAUGUCCCAAAACAACCAAAUGGUACAAUCACAGAACGUCUUCCAAGAUGAAAUGUCCAUGCGAUAUAUGUUACAAAAAAUUAUAAAGGAAAAGCGAAACAUUGGCAUGUGUGCCAGGCGGAAGAGGGAGUUUGAGUUUGUGCAGACGUGCACCUCGGUCAUCAUUCAUGAGGAAGGGGCAACAGGUAGGGACAAGUCGUCACAUCACGUUGUAAAGCAGUUUGCUUGUGAGGAAGGGGAUGUAGCAGGUAUUCCUUUUAAUGGCACCAAAGGAAGUGAUGAGGAGAACGGCUCCGCUGAUGUCCUGGGCUCACCCAUCCUGCGAAACGUUAGGCACUGCUUCAUUACCGUGGACAAUGAAAGUAUGAACAAACAUGAGGAGCUCAAGUACAAAAUGAAGAUCAUUCUGAAGGUAAUAAAGGAAAUAAAUUUUCACCACUGCUUCCUUUUUAUUAAUAACACAUAUGAGGGGGUGCAGGUGAGCAAGAUGUUAAACAAACACGACGUGUCCUGCUACUACACCAGUUCCAAACUUGAUCAUCACGAAAGGAUGAAAGUUUUUAAUAAACUCAAAAGGAAUGAAAUGAAAGUCGUAGUGUGUAGCGAUGUCAUGAGUAGAGGUGUUGAUAAUAUUGUGUGUGAUUUAGUCAUUAACUUUGACAUUCCUCAGAAUAAGGAGACUUACAUUCAUAGGUCUGGAAGGUGUGGGCGCUAUGGGAAUAGGGGGCUGUGCAUAAGCCUGUGUAAUUACUCUGACUACGCCUACCUGCACUUCUUCAAGUACCAGCUGCGGCUCCCCGUGCACGACUUCUGCUACGUGCGCAGGGAGAGGCAGUUCGCGCAUGAGACUAAUCAGUUCGCGGGUGACACUAAUCAGUUCGUGAAUGAGACUAAUCAGGCCGUGGAGGGGUCAUCCCAGCACGGCGCCGCUUGGCGCAGUUGUUACGAUUUACGCGGUACGAGAGAAGAGGGGGGAGAAGACAUCAGGGAAAACGCUACCCUGGAGCAGGACACCCCGGAGGACACCCCGCAGGAUAGCCGGGGAGAGGACACCGUGGAGGACGCCCUGGAGGACACCUGGGAAGGAGUCACCCAGGGUGAGCGCUCCGCCAGUUGCGCAGAAGCGCAGUUAGGAGUCCAUGUAGUUGAGCAGAACGUGCCCCUUCAACCGUGUCGCUUAACGAGCACCCCGAGGAGGAAGGCCCUUGCCCUGAACAUCAAGGGGUUUUGCGCGGAAGGCAUACACAUCGCGGGGGAGAGGGGCAGCCACGUGAGUAGCCAAUCGGAUGACCCAGUACACCGCGUCCACCUCAAAGUGCGCAUGAAAAAUUUUGUCACAAAAUUCAAAAUUGUGAAAAACCAAGUCUGUUGCCAAUUCUGCAUCCCAAACGAUAAUAUAAAUUUGUUUAAAUCGAUGAGCAUCGUGCAGCAUAAUUCCAACCUUAUUAUUUUCUUCCUUUUCAAGAGAAGAAUACGGAUGCGAUUUGUUUCCUUUCGCUCGAUGGCACUGCGUGAAGAGGAGACGGGGAGACGAUCCAACUACUGCUUUUUAUUUUUUUGCAACUCAGAUAGCUACCUAGUGCUGAAAGUUUUUUAUUUCUUCCUCUUCCUUUUUAAGCAUUAUCAAUAUCCCCUCAGGGAGUCCCUAACUCCACUGCUGAUUCACACAGGAGGAGGAAUCACACAAAAGGAGGGGAAAUGGAAAAGCAGGUGUGACAAAUGUUGCAACGUAUUUCAUCCCAACCAAGUCAAUCUGAACUACGUGUCGGACACGUGCCUCAUGAUAAGUAACAACAUCCAAAACACAGAAAAAAAAAAAAAAAAAAUUUUAAAGGAUACCAAAAGUGAUCACACAGAGCUGGUAGAUAUGGAGAGUACCCAUACGGACCAGAUCCAGGACAAUGUUGAUCACGAGAUUUUACCACAGAGAGCAGAAGAGGAGCUGCAGCCGAGCUCCCUGUCCCUAGAACACGCUCUCAACCAGAUAAAGGCAAACUUGCAUGAGAAGAAAAAAAUCAUUACCUUUUCACAACAGUGUAGUGAAGUCGUUUGCAUGAAUGACCAGCGGGAGAUCGUUCAGAAGGUGAACAACCUCGUGGCCCCGCAGGUAUUUCUAAAUUUACCCAAUAGGAAACAGGACGCCCAUUUGUUAAAAGGGCUUUUCCUGCAGAGUCAUGUGCAGCUCCAUGGUGGACCACGGCACGGAUAA